CUGUUAGCUCAGAGCACAGUUAGCUGUUAGCUCAGUGCAGAGUUAGCUGUUAGCUCAGAGCACAGUUAGCUGUUAGCUUUGUUUUGUGUAUCGUCAUUUUAUUUACAAGACACGCAAACACAUCCUGCAGAUGUUGUCUGUCUUGCUCUGGUUGGGUGGGGCCCUCAGGAUGGCCAAUCAUACUCAGGUCUGUAGUUUAAAUCCCUGCUGACUCAGUCUCAGGUUGAGGAUGAUGCAGCGGGUGGCGGUGGUCGGUGGGGGGGCAGCAGGACUCUGUGCAGCCAGACACAUCCUGUCCCGUCCAAACAGCUUCGCCCGUCCUGUGGUGUUUGAGCUCAGCGACAACAUCGGUGGCACCUGGUGUUACGAUGAGCGUACGGACGACAGCGGACGAGCAGUUCACAGCAGCAUGUACCGAGACCUCAGGACCAACCUUCCCAAAGAGGUGAUGAUGUUCCCUGAUUUCCCCUUCAACCGUCAGCUGAGCAGCUUCCUGCCUCAUCAGGAGGUCCAGAAGUACCUGGAGAGUUACUGCCAGAGCCACAACAUCUGGCCUCACAUCAGGUUCAACACUGUGGUGGAAAAUGUGAAACCUGCUGUGAAGACAUCGGAGGGCGGGGCUGAGACGACAACAUGGGUAGUGACAUCAUCUGAUGCGUCGGGUCGUCAGAAGACGGAGACCUUCGACUCCGUCUUCGUCUGCUCGGGACACUACUCCCACCCACACGUCCCAAACAUACCUGGGAUUCACAGCUUUAAAGGUACACUCC